GCAGCCACAAAGCCAUUCCCGGCUCUGUGUCUCGCUGAACCCCACGGUGUCACUAUGAACCUGUGUGUCCUUCUGCAAGGUCUGCUCCUGGAACUCCUCACAGCAAACUGCCAAGACCUCAUCCAGGGGCGCAUUGUUGGAGGUUACACCCCGGCACCCAACUCCAUCAAGUACAUUGUGUCCAUGCAGACCCCCGACGGCCAGCACUUCUGUGGGGGAUCUUUAGUCAACAGAUACUGGGUGUUGACAGCAGCCCACUGUAACAUUGGGACCAGACAGAUAAUGAUCGUGGCUGGAGAUUACUCCCUGAACAUGUUUGAAGGGACAGAGCAAUACUCCCGGCCUCACAGUCUGUUCCCCCAUCCGCUCUACAACAAGAGCAGCAACAACGCUGACAUCAUGCUAAUAAAGCUCAAAGCCCCCAUGGUUCUGAACAGCUACGUGUCCCUGGCCCCACUGCCCCGGCAGGGCGGGGGGGUGCCGGAGGGCCGGGUGUGCCGCGUGUCGGGGUGGGGCUACACCAGCUCCAGCGGGGGGCAGAUUCCCUCCACCCUCCGCACGGUCAAGCUGCCCAUCGUCUCCACCGCCAGGUGCAACAGCAGUGCGUCCUUCAACGGAAACAUCACCGCCAGCAUGAUCUGCGCCGGGUACACCGCGGGCGGCAAGGACGCCUGCAAGGGGGAUUCUGGGGGCCCCUUGGUGUGCGAGGGGCGUGUCUACGGCGUGGUUUCCUGGGGCAACGGUUGUGGCGAUGCCAGGUUCCCGGGAGUCUACACGGCCGUGUCCGUGUUCCGGAGGUGGAUAGACCGGACCAUCUACAGCUCCUACAGCCGAUGCCUCAAGUAUUAG